UAUUCCCUCCAUAAAGAAGCAUCGCCAUAACCUCGUUCUCAAAAAAAUGUCAGUUUCUAGGCGAUCGGAGAAUUAAUUGCACUUUAUUGUUGUUUAAUUUGUCGAAUUGGUGAGAUGCCAGCUGUGACGACUGGACCUCCCCAGAGGAGCGAGCAGAUGUGGCAGGCAUUGAAACGACACAUCAUCAGGGAAAGACAGAGGAAAAAACAAGAACAAGAAGCCGAUGCCGAAGAGGAGAGACAGAGGAAAGAGAGGGAAAGACAGCAGAAGAUGGACGUGAUGACCCUGGGAGAGACUAGAGAGCAAAUUUCAGUGUUGGAAGCUGAAUUGUCACAGUUAAAAGACGAGAAGCAUCAGUUAUUCUUACAACUUAAGAAAGUGUUGAAUGAGGAUGAUAAUCGUAGAAGACAGCUCACUAAAGAGGCUAGUGUCUGUUCAGAGGUUUUGACCAGCGUCAGCAAUUAUCCACCUGCUGGUACAAAUGUUGUCCAUCCCCAGAUGUUCCUUCCAGUCCCAAUAGGAAGUCCAUUGUAUAAAAUUGCUGCUGCAACUCCUACACACACCCUUUUGCCAAGUGUCAAUGGACCUUUGAAGAGGGGCCACAGCCCUUCCCCACCUCCCACAGCAUCUCCUUAUCACACUGUCUAUGGGUACAAACCUUCCCCAACAAUGCCGAGUUAUAAUCCACCUCAAACGAGGGAACUGAGGGGAGAUGGUUGUAUUUUUCCAGAAUCAGAGGAGGCUGCCAGGAGAACUGGCGACUCUCGCGCCGUCCUCUGGAAUAAAAAUAAUCAAUAUCCACCCUCGACUUUUUAUCCAACACCAGGUGGACAGAGUGUUUACAGUUAUUCUGCACCAACGUCACAACCUGCUCGUGAUAAUGAUCCAGGAAAACCAGUUUAUCUCUCAGGAAACAGGGCAACAUUGUCCACUCACCAAGCAGCUUACGUCACAAGUCUUCAUUCCCUGGACCACAAGACGGCAUACUCCGAAGAUAAAUUUUACUUGCGACCUGGGAGUCAUGUGACUGUUCAUGGAGGUGCUAUUCCCAUUCAACAGCCACCCCAGGGUGCAAAACUUGGAAGUAUAACGUCAGGAUAUCCAGUGAGGGCCCCACAGCCAAUACCUGGACCCUAUCCACCACCUCCUCCUGGUGCUUUUGUCAGUGCACAGCCUGGAAACAUUCCUGCACGUCUGAUGUAUUCGCAGCCAGGUACCAGAUACAUACGAGAAUCAUAAAUCCACUCUGCAGAAUUUUUUAUUCAAAACGACUGGCUGGAGCCAUUAUACGUUUAUUAACACUUCACCACUUUCAUUUAAUUCGAUUCUUUCGCAAAUUUAUCGUGAAUAUUUUUGUUUGUAUUAACACAUUUUUUUUAUUCUGUAUAUUUUGUAGAUAUCGUUAAUUAUCGCAAAAUUAACGAAAAAGAUUGAGACUCGGUUGUAGAAUCUUUCGAAUCAAUUAAUUUGUCGUAUUUUUUCCGUCUGGAAUAUUUGAAAAUUACGUAUUGUAAAAAAAGGAAAUGAAAUAGCAGUCUUAGCUAAUUUUGAAAGCUAAAUCCAAUUAGGGAAAAUCGUAAAUUAAUAAUUUACUGAAGUAAAUGACUGUCAGAUUGCAAUUUGUCAGGCAACAAAUGGCUAUGACAUUGUCAUUAGCCCCAGUAAAAAAUUUCUUUACAAUUUCUUUUCAAAAUCUGAAUUUUUUAAUAAUUUUUCUUUUCUUAAAAGGCAGUCUUUUAUAUCUGAGAUAAGAAUUUCGAGAGAAAUUUCGAUUACAUUCGAUAGAUACGACCGAGUUCGUAACACGUUUUUCGAUCAUCUGUAUUUUUUGUAGAUAUCAUCAAUUACGGGAGUGUAAUUGAGAAAAAUGAAUUAUUUAGUAUUGACCGGGGAAAAUAAAUUCAAUACAUCUGAGUAAAGAAGUGGUGAAACGAGUUGAGUAAACUCGAUUGUUCUGCAGAAUUAAACAUUGAAAUAGCCUUUGCUGAAAUCAUUUUCGUUAACUAAUUUUUUAUCAUUAUCAAUCACAAAAUUAUGAUUCAAUACAAAAUGUAAUUCCUUGAAAAUUGACUGUAUUCUUCCCACAGACAAUUUUUUGUACCAAUUUUCUCCAAUCUGUAUAUUUUGUAGAUAUUGACUAUCGCAAAAUAAUUGUAACAAAUUAAUAAAUUACUA